AUGAACAAUAUCCAUAUGAAUUUGCCUGCGCAUGGCCAUAAUCGAACAUGUUGUUAUUGUCAAAAAGGUGUAUCAAAUGAUCAAUUGACAACAGUUCCAAGUGAUGAAAGUAUUCGUAAACAAUGGAUUGAAAUACUCGGAAAACAAUUUGCUAGAACUUUGAAAAUGUAUAAGAAACCUUUGAUUUGUCUCACACAUUUCGAAGGAAAUAUAGAACAGAUAUCGGAAUAUCAACUUCCAAUUCGAAUGAGUGAAGAAGAGGAAAAUGAAGUUCGAAAGAAACGAGGAAAAAUGAGCAAUAAAAAGGUGGGUUGAGAUUUUGGAUAGUAUUAUUUACAAACGUUCCAUAUAACCAUAAAAAUGGCGUUGAUCUCAUUUUUUAGGCUUCAAAACGUAAACGCAAAUGCUGUUAUUGUAAGAAACGUGUAUCAGAUAAUCAAAUGACAACAGUUCCAAGUAAUGAAAGUGUUCGUAAACAAUGGAUUGAAAUACUCGGAAAGCAAUUUGCUAGAACUUUGAACAACUAUAAGAAACCUUUGAUUUGUCUCACACAUUUCGAAGGAAAUAUAGAACAGAGAUCGAUAUAUCAACUUCCGGUUCGAAUGGAUGAAGAAAUUGAAGACGAAGAAGACGAAGGUGAAAAUGAAAAUGAAGAAAAAGAGGAAAUUGAGGAUGAGGAUGAGGUUGGAAUGGAUGAAACAGUUCUAGAAUUGAAGAAUGUUUCUGAGAAUUCGGAUGAAAAUCAACGAGAAAAUUCGGAUAUUGAACAAGUUUUUUCACAAAUGGUAUGAUUUAUUUUUUGAAAAUCAAUUAAGAAGAAGGAGAUCCAGGUUGAUUGUUAAUUGUUUUUUUUUUUGCAGGAGGAUGUUCAAGAUCUCGAAGCCGGUUCAAAUGUUUCAUCAACAUCAGCGAUUCCAAAAAACAAUGGAAACGUCGCUCCAGGAAAACAAGAAGUUAGAAAGAAAAGAAGAAUUGAUUCAAAUUCUGAAAAAUCAUCGAAAAGAGGAAAAUUAGGUGAAGAUAUGGAAAAAGAAAAUGGAUUGGUUGAAGAACAAAAAGAAAAUGAUGAUAAAUUAAUUGAAAGACAACCAAAAUUGAACACAUUUUUGAGAAAUGUUCCGAAAAGGGAAAAUGAAGAUAAUGGAAUUGUAAUUAUUGUAAGUUUUCUGGUUUUUGAGGUUAAAAAUUAAAAAUCAUAAAUAAUUUCAGCAAAGUCCUCUCAAUGAAAUUCUUGGAGAAUUUGGAAGUAUUGAAAAAGAUGUGAGAGAUCAGAAAAAUCAAACAAAUUCUCAAGAAAAUGGAUUGGUUGAAGAACAAAAAGAAAAUGAUGAUAAAGUAAUUGAAAGACAACCAAAAGUGAUGGAUUUAUUGAGAAAUGUUCCGAAAAGGGAAAAUGAAGAUAAUGGAAUUGUAAUUAUUGUAAGUUUUCUGGUUUUUGAGAUUAAAAAUAAAAGAUCAUAAAUAAUUUCAGCAAAGUCCUCUCAAUGAAAUUCUUGGAGAAUUUGGAAGUAUUGAAAGAGAUGUGAGAGAUCAGAAAAAUCAAAAAAAUUCUCAAGAAAAGGGAUUGUUGAUAGUUAAACAAGAAGAAGAAGGAAAUGAACAUUUGGUGGGUAUUUUUUUUAAAUGAAGUUUCGAUUAUAAUUGAAAAAAACAAUCAUUUUUAGCCACGUGUAUCAAUCGAAAUGGAUUUAAUGCCGAAUGAAAUUAAAAAACCGAACGAGGAACCGAAAAAGAAGAUUGAUUCAAAUUCUGAAAAACAAGAAAAUAUUUGUCGCAUUUGCAAUAUUCAAUUCAAUCCAUCAAUUCAAAUGAUCCCAAUUCCAUCGAAAAAAGAAGAUUUGAUGAAAUUUUGGAAUGUUUUUGAGCAAAACUUCAUAGAUAAUAUUCUCAAAUAUCCAGAACCACAUUUUAUUUGUAUGUCUCAUGUUUUGGAGCAAAAUUGGAAAAAUUGUUGAAUUUUGCAAUUUUUAUAAUAAAGUUUUUGUUGAAAUUUUAUAUUUGGAAAUUUUUUUCACGGUUCGAUUCGAUCCGAUAUUAUUUCUUAAUUUAUAUGAAAAUCUUAUAAAAAGUAAUAAAAAUAUUUUAAUCAGGAAUUUGGAAAUGACGAAUGAAAAACAGGGAUUGAAGACACGAUGCAAAUAUUGUGAACAACAAAUUGAAAUGAAAUAUAUGACAAGAGUCCCAUUUAAUCCGAAAAUUCGUGAGAAAUGGAUCGAAGUUCUUGGGCCACUAUUUUUAGAAAAUUUGAAAGAAAGAGACAAUGAACAAGCGAGGUAUUUUGGUCAUAUCUGUCUAUCACAUUUUGAAGGGAAUAUAGAACAGAUAUCGGAAUAUCAACUUCCAAUUCGAAUGAGUGAAGAAGAGGAAAAUGAAGUUCGAAAGAAUCGAGGAAAAAUGAGCAAUAAAAAUGUGAGUUAAGCUUAUAGUUAUGGAAAAAUAAUAAUGGGAACGUUCCGUACUACUGUAAUUCUGUCCUCACUUUUGUAAAAUAUAUGUAUUAACACAAUUUGUAAAGUGCUCAGUAAUAGAAAAAACGUGUCUCAUUUUUUCAGUCAUCAAAAAUUUUUUGCAAAUGUUGUUAUUGUAAGAAAUCUUUACCAUUUCAACAAAUGACAACAGUUCCAAGUGAUGGGAGGAUUCGUAAACAAUGGAUUGAAAUACUCGGAAAACGAUUUGCCGAAAAUUUGAAGGAUGUUAUGCAGCCUUUUAUUUGUCGAAAACAUUUUAAAGGAAAUACUGAACGUCGUUUGAAAUAUCAACUGCCGAUUCGAAUGAAUAAAGAAAAUGAAGACGAAGAAGACGAAGGUGAAAAUGAAAAUGAAGAAAAAGAGGAAAUUGAGGAUGAGGAUGAGGUUGGAAUGGAUGAAACAGUUCCAGAAUUGCAGAAUGUUUCUGAGAAUUCGGAUGAAAAUCAACGAGAAAAUUCGAAUACUGAACAAGUUUUUUCACAAAUGGUAUGAUUUAUUUUUUGAAAAUUUAUUAAGAAGGAGAUCCAGGUUGACUGUUAAUUGUUGUUUUUUGCAGGAGGAAGUUCAAGAUCUCGAAACCGGCUCAAAUGUUUCAUCAACAUCAGCGAUUUCAAUAAACAACGGGAAAAGAUCACCUGGAAAACAAGAAGUCAGGAACAAGAGAAAAAUCGAUUCACAUUUUGAAGAAUCAUCGAAACGAGGAGAAUUGGGUGAAGAAAUGGAAAAGGAAGAUGGAUUGAUUGAAGAACGCGAAGAAAAUGACGAUAAGGAAGAUGCUGUUGAAAUGAAUGAAACAAUUCAAAAAUUCAACGAUAUUGUGGAGAAUGUUCCGGAAAAACAGGUUGAAAAUCAACAAGAAAAUAUGGAUAUUGAACAAGUUUUCCUAAUGGUAUGAUUUAUUUAUUGAAAAUAUUACCCAUAGUGUGUAAUUUACUACUACGAAUUUCUAGGCCGCAAACUCUUAAAAAAUUUUUGGUAGAUCGAAAAUAGUUUUCUCUAAAUCUCUCACUUUUGCUUUGAAUUUCGUCAACUUUAGUGAAAAAGUUUUUUUUGUGUGUAAAUUAUGUUUUGCGAUUCUCUAUUUAUGUUUUUUUUAUCAGAACGAAGUUCAAGAUGUUGAAACAAUCUCCAUUGUUCCAUCGACUCCAAAAAACAACGGAAAAGUUGCUUCAGAUGAGCAAGAAAUCAGAAAGAAGAGAAGAAUCGAUUGGAAUUCUGAAAAAUCAUCGAAACGGGGAAAAUUAGGAGAAGAUAUGGAAAAAGAAAAUGAAUUGGUUGAAGAACGCGAAGAAAAUGAUUAUAAAGUAAUUGAAAGACAACCAAAAUUGAAUACAUUUUUGAGAAAUGUUCCGAAAAAGGAAAAUGAAGAUCAUGGAAUUGUAAUUAUUAAAAAUAAAAGAUCAUAAAUAAUUUCAGCAAAGUCCUCUCAAUGAAAUUCUUGGAGAAUUUGGAAAUAUGGAACGAGAUGUGAAAGAUCAGAAAAAUCAAACAAAUUCUCAAGAAAAUGGAUUGUUGAUAGUUAAACAAGAAGAAGAAGGAAAUGAACAUUUGGUGGGUAUUUUUUGAAAUGAAGUUUCGAUUAUAAUUAAAAAAAACAAAAAUUUUUAGCCACGUGUAUCAAUCGAAAUAGAUUUAAUGCCGAAUGAAAUUGAAAAACCGAACGAGGAACCGAAAAAGAAGAUUGAAAAAAAUUCUGAAAAACAAGAAAAUAUUUGUCGCAUUUGCAAUGUUCAAUUCAAUUCAUCAAUUCAAAUGAUCCCAAUUCCAUCGAAAAAAGAAGAUUUGAUUAAAUUUUGGAAUGUUUUCGAGCAAAACUUCAUAGAUAAUAUUCUCAAAUAUCCAGAACCACAUUUUAUUUGUAUGUCUCAUGUUUUGGAGCAAAAUUGGAAAAAUUGUUGA